CCUGCCGCCAGCGCCGCGCUCGCCCAGCCGCCCUGCGCAUCGCUCCGGCCGCACCGUCCGCACCAUGAAGGCGCUGCUGCUCGCCGUGCUGGCCGCGGUGCUGUGCGUGGAGAGAGCCCACACACUCGUCUGCUUUUCCUGCUCGGAUGCCUCCUCCAACUGGGCCUGCCUGACGCCUGUCAAGUGUGGAGAGAAUGAAAACCACUGCGUGACGACGUACGUCGGAGUGGGGCUCGGCGGCAAAUCCGGCCAGUCCAUCUCCAAGGGAUGCUCCCCCAUCUGCCCCAGCGCCGGCAUCAACCUGGGCAUCGCGGCUGCCUCCGUUUACUGCUGCGACUCCUUCCUGUGCAACAUCAGCGGCUCCAGCAGCGUCCGAGCCAGCUCCACCAUCCUGGCCAUGGGCAUCCUCAUCAGCCUCCUCUACGUGCUCCAGGCUCGCCAGUGAUGGGGCUGCCCGAGGAGGAGCCGCCUCCCACGGCUCUCCUUAGCCAAUAUCUUCUCUGUUGCUGUCUGCAAGGAGAUGCUCUGCUGCUCAGCAGGCUUCCGAGGUGGUUGUUUCCCAGACUUUUUUGCUCUUCCAAGCGUUGGAGACCUGGCUGAGCUGUUCUCCUCCUCCUCCUGUGGACGUCUCCCGCUGCACUCUCGCUCCUCCUUCGCCAAGGUGGAUCAUUUUGGAAGGGUUUCUGCUUUUUUCUACCUAUCAAUAACAACCCCCCCUCCCUCCCCCCUCGUUUCUAAGGUUGGUUAAACCAGGCUGGGACUCGCUGAGAACAGAUUGACCCCGAGCACCACCAGGUCUGCUCCAGCACGUGGGUGGCACAGGCAGUGGGAAUGCAGGAUCCAAAGGGAGACACAUUCCUGGCCCCUCGCAGCUGCAGUCUCUUUUUAUAAAAUGGUCUCGUUUCUUCUGAUCCUGGGCUGACUUUUCUGGAAAAACCAAUGCCAUGUACCUUGUCCUUCCAAGUUCUGUAAGUGCCAGACCUGAAUAAACUUGCUCCUGUUGUUACCUGA